GUUUCAUUCCAAUUAGAUCUAUGUAGCCUAGCAAUCACAUGUUCAGAUUCAUUUGCCAGCACAUAAAAGCUCAAUCUCAUUAUUUGGACACCAAAAAAAAAAAAAAAAAAAAAAAACAAGAAGCUGGACGGAAAAGCAAGGGAAAGAAACGAAAACGAGCAUCCCCACACGGCCACACACUCCAAAAAUCAAGUCAGUUUUCUCUCUCUUUGUCCAUCGCUAUCAUGAGUCAUCUUCCCUUCUCCCACACGUUGAUUAUGUAAAAAGAUUAGCCAAAAGUCAUGUGGGACUGGUGGUGCUUCUUCUGCUUCUCUAAUUUCAACCCCACCAAAUACUAUUACCCUGAGAACCAGAAUUUGCUCCCACUUCAACAUGAUCAAAACCAAACCACCCCACCAUCUCCACUUUCCUUUUCCACAAUGAUCCUCACCUCUUGCCUAAGUCGUCGCCGCUUCCGUCGCUACUUGUGCCUCCUUCUUUGCUCUCCUUUUCUUCUUCCUCUCUUCUGUGCUACUUUCCCCUUCAUUUGUGCUGCCGAAAUCUGCUACCGUCUAUGUCAUCGCCGCCGCCGCCGGCGAUCAACGCCAUGGGAAGAGGUUAUAGAUGGAAGUAGUCAAGGGAGUUUGUUGUUGCAGAGAUAUCUCGAAGAUCAACUGCUUCUUGUGUAUAAUUGUGGAUGUGGAAAUGAAGAUGAGCUGGAAGAUGGGCUCGAUGUGCAAUUUAUAGAUAGUACAAGCCCUAUAUUGCAAUAACGGAAUAGAUCGCAGAGAUCUUUGAUUUCUCUCUCUUUUCUUAUUUUUUGCUUUGGGUUUUUUUGUAUAUAAAAGUUAACGUUGACAAUUGUUAUUCUUAUCAAAAGAACGGCAAAUAGAGUAGUUUUGGUGGUUUGUAAUAUUCGGCAUUCUCAAGUCCGUUUGGAGGAAAUGGCUUAUUUUCAUUAUAUAUGUUAAAUUCAAUUAAAUGGAAGAUUUUGACUAAUGCAUUCUUUUA